CCUACAUACUACUUUCAAAUUCCAAUAGCAAAGUAUUUAUUUAUGUUUCACUACAAACGAUCCCUCAAAUCCCAUAAAAUUAAAAAUAAAUACAAUAAUGGCACAAGCACAGUUUUCGUUAAGUUGGGAUUCAUAUCAGUCAAGUAUUUGCGAUGGCUUUAGCACUUUGCAACAGAAUGGUGAAUUUGUCGAUAUGACUCUUGCUUCUGAUGGACGUUUUGUAAAAGUUCAUCAAGUGUUACUUGCAUUAGCUAGUCCAUAUUUAAAAGACUUAAUAGCUUCAGCACCUUGUCCACAUCCUAUUAUAUUUCUUAAUAAUGUAUCCCACCACACAUUAUGUUUACUUCUAGAAUACAUAUAUACAGGAGAAGUAAUUGUCGCAGGUGAUUAUCUACAACAGUUUAUUGAAGCUGCUAAAUCACUUCACAUAAAAGGCUUACAAAAUAUUAUUCCAAAUGACUUCGAAAAUAAUGAAGAAUUCUAUCAGGAACAUGAUGCAGAUGAAACUCCUGAUAGAAAAGUUACAAAAGCCUCUUCACAUUCAGAAACCAUAGACAAAGUAACAUUGCCCCAUAUAGAAAUACCAUCUUUAGCACAGAAAGUGCUUAUAAAACAUGAAGAUUCCAAUUUCAGUCCAAUAAAGGUCAGCUCUGCAGGAUCGUUAGUUGUUGGUAUUAAAGACGACUUUGAUGUCAUGGAUUAUUCAGAAGCUCAUAACAGUGAUUUCCCACAGGAAGACCAUACAUCCAAAAAAAUUAAAAAUAAAUUAAUAAAAUGUGAAUCGGCUUUAAAUCUUCAGUAUACCGUUUCAAUACGAGGGUGUUUGCAAAUAAUCCUUAAUCGUUACAUUUACAACUUGAACUCCUCCACGACCAAAAAUGGCUUAAAGCGGUGGCGUUGUGUUAACUACAGAGACCAGAAGUGUAGAGCUUUCGUCGUAACCAAAGGAAACAUUGUGAUAAACAGGGCAAAUCCGCACAAUCACAGUUUCCACGACAAAAAAAUUUUGGCUAAAAUCGAAAAGAAAGCAGUGUUCUCGGCGAUGGACGAAGUUGAGGAAUACAAGGAACGUAAGAAAUUAAACGAAGAAAAGAGUGAAGAUUCCGAAACGACCGUCGAAACCGAACAUGUUAUGUUGUUAGAGGACGAUGAGAAAAUUAGUGACAGUGCCGACAGCCUGGACGGUCUGAUGAACUGCCGCACCGAUACGGUCAUCGUUCCAGAGCCUCUGUUUCGCCUCGAAGGCUCCGUCGGUCAGGCUGUUAGGAUUAGCCGCACGUCUGGUUGCAGUGUUGACCGCGUCACGAGUGUGGAGACGGUUCCAGUGAAGAAUCAAUAUGAAUGUUAUUUGAAAAAACCGGCAGUUCAAAGAUUUAGGGAAUACCUACAGAUAGAUACAAGUAAAGAAGAAAACUUAAAGUAUGCCAUCGAAUUUUGGAAACGCCAAGCAUUGGAAUCAAAUCUUCCCUUUAAUGUUUAUAAUCGACCUAAUGGAAAACCUGUUGUCGUAAUUACCGUGGAAGGAAGCGAUCCGACGCUACCGGCCAUCAUGCUAAACUCUCACAUGGACGUUGUGCCUGUUGAAGCGUCUGAAUGGUCGCACCCGCCGUUCGCUGCAGCUAUGGAUGAAAAUGGCGACAUAUUCGCGCGAGGAGCUCAGGAUACAAAGGAUGUUGGGAUACAAUAUAUGGAAGCUGUUAAGAGACUUAUUCGUGAUAACGUAACGUUGCUGCGCACUAUAUAUCUUACGUUCAUGCCCGAUGAGGAAACUGGUGGGUACAAGGGCAUGAAAAUGUUUGUAGACACCGCAGAGUUUCAAUCUUUAAACAUCGGUUUCGCACUAGACGAGGGAUUAUCAUCUACAGACGAUACAUUGUUUGCAACUUAUACAGAUCGGAGACCAUGGCAAAUCCAGUUUACGGUUCACGGUGUGGGUGGGCACGGUUAUAGUAUGCCAGAGAAUACCGCAAUGGAAAAGGCGUAUAAUUUAAUUGACAUAAUAAGCAAGUAUCGAGAUACCCAAAGAAAUUUAUUGGAAUCCUUAAAUAGCCCCGAUGAAGGAAGAUACACCAGUGUCAAUAUAAACAUAAUUCGUGGUGGAUACGCUACGAAUGUUAUACCAACGAAUUUUACAAUAGCUAUUGAUAUGAGGUUAUCAAGGGAUGCAAAAAUUUCGGAUGUUCAAAAUAUGGUAAAUACCUGGAUGGAAAAAGCAGGCAAUGAUACUGAAUUGAGUUUUAUUCGGCGUGAAGACUUUUCAGGGGAGACUGAUGUAGAUGAUUCAAAUCCAUUUUGGGUAGCUUUACGUACCGCUGUGACUAGUAUGGGUUACAAUGUCAAGCCGGUUGUUUGUUUGGCCACGUCUGAUAUGCUUGUGUUACGGAACAGUGGCGUACAAGCCCUCGGAUUCGCCCCGAAGAUCCGCACCGUUUCAAGACUUCACGCUAAAAACGAAUACCAGAACGUCGUGGUAUUUUUGAACGGCAUCGAUAUCUAUUACGAAGUAAUUAAAAGUAUUGCCAAUGUUCCCGCUUAGUAUUAGAUUUUUGUUUACUGUCAUUAUUUUUUUGUGUGCAUGAAUGAUCUUGACUUUUUGUUGUAUACUACAAGGUCUACAAGAUAAGACUUAUAAUAAAACUGAAUGUUGGCCACGGCUUUGCCCGCGUUGUCUGGGAAAAAUGCGAGUGUAGUUUCUAGUGGGUAGGAGUU